GCUCUAGGUAAGCGAAACAAGCUGGGGGACUGCGAGCCAGGGACUCGGGCCGCGGGGCGGGAAGAAGUGGGGCAGCGCUUGGCCAGGCCGAAAGGACUUUGGGGGUGGGGGCUGGGAGUCCGUGUCUGGAAUGAGGGAGGAGAGGUGGAGUUGCCCGGACUCAGGCCCGGCCUCGAGCAUGGGCGGAUGAGAGGAGUCGGGAGCCGAGGCCUGGGGUCCUUCGGGUGAGGGGAGACGGAGCCAGCGAGGAGAUGGAGCAGAAGCUUGUGGAAACCUCAUAGAAAUUCUUAGGGAGAUUCUUCAAGCAAUCACUAUGUCAACAGACACAGGUGUUUCCCUUCCUUCAUAUGAGGAAGAUCAGGGAUCCAAACUUAUUCGAAAAGCUAAAGAGGCACCAUUCGUACCCGUUGGAAUAGCAGGUUUUGCAGCAAUUGUUGCAUAUGGAUUAUACAAACUGAAGAGCAGGGGAAAUACUAAAAUGUCCAUUCAUCUGAUCCACAUGCGUGUGGCAGCCCAAGGCUUUGUUGUAGGAGCAAUGACUGUUGGUAUGGGCUAUUCCAUGUAUCGGGAAUUCUGGGCAAAACCUAAGCCUUAGAAGAAGAGAUGCUGUCUUGGUCUUGUUGGAGGAGCUUGCUUUAGUUAGACGUCUCAUUAUUGAAGUUACCUAUUAUUGUUGGAAAUAAACUAAUUUGUAUGGGUUUAGAUGGUAACGUGGCAUUUUGAAUAUUGGCUUCCUUUCUUGCAGGCUUGAUUUGCCUGGUGACCGAAUUACUAGUGACUAGUUUACUAACUAGGUCAUUCAGGGAAGUCAGAUUAACUUAAACAUGUCACCUAAAUGCACUUGAUAGUGUCGAAAUGUCCACCUUCUUAAAUUUUUAAGAUGAACUUAGUUCUAAAGAAGAUAACAGGCCAAUCCUGAAGGUACUCCCAGUUUGCUGCAGAAUCUCACAUAUUUUGGAUGUUGUAUAAGAGUCCUAUUUGCCCCAGUUAAUUCAACUUUUGUCUGCCUGUUUUGUGGACUGGCUGGCUCUGUUAGAACUCUGUCCAAAAAGUGCAUGGAAUAUAACCUGUAAAGCUUCCUACAAUUGACAAUAUAUAUGCAUGUGUUUAAACCAAAUCCAGAAAGCUUAAACAAUAGAGCUGCAUAAUAGUAGUAUUUAUUAAAGAAUCACAAUUGUAAACAUGAGAAUAAUUUAAGGAUUCUAGUUUAGUUUUUUGUAAUUGCAAAAUAUAUUUUUGCUGCUGAUAUAUUAGAAUAAUUUUUAAAUGUCAUCUUGAAAUAGAAAUAUGUAUUUUAAGCACUCAUGCAAAGGUAAAUGAACCGUCUUUAAAUGUGUGUGUUGCUUAUUUUUUCCAUAAGAAUUGUAAACAUUGAACUGAACAAAUUACCUGUAAUGGAUUUGAUUAAUGACUUAUGAGCAAGCUGGUUUGGCCAGACAGUAUACCCAAACUUUUAUAUAAUAUACAGAAGGCUAUUACACUUGUGAAAUUCUCUUGUCUAAUCUGAAUUUACAGUCCAUGGCGAUAACAUGGUAUAUGUAUUGUUAUUAAAGUAAGUGACCCAUGUCAAA